CUCGCUUAAACCCUCUGCGUCUCACUUCCCUAAUCGUCCUCCGUCUUUCUUUCUCUCGCACAAAUCUCCAUUGGCAUUUUUCUUCCCCCUCUUGCGAAACCCUAGAAAACGCAACCCCAUCGAAUUCCGUCCCGUACUGGAAUAGAUGUCUUCAGACGAGGAAAUAACGAAGCUGUUCAGAAUCCGGCGAACAGUGAUGCAGAUGUUGAAUGACAGAGGUUACUUAGUCGGAGAUUUUGAAAUCAACGAGACAAGAGCAGGAUUUCUCGCUAAAUUUGGGGAUAAUAUCAAGAGAGAAAAUCUUGAUAUCAAGAAAAGCAAGAGAAACGAUAGUAAUGAUCAUAUAUAUGUUUUCUUCCCUGAGGACUCCAAAGUUGGAGUUAAGACAUUGAAGACUUAUAUUAAUAGGAUGAAAAAUGAUGAAGUUAACAGGGCAAUUUUCGUUGCUCAACAAAGUUUAACUCCCUUUGCCAAGACAUGCAUCAGUGAAUUUUCUUCCAGUUACCAUUUGGAGGUUUUCCAGGAUGCUGAGCUGCUUGUCAACAUCAGUCGGCAUGUUCUUGUCCCUGUACAUCAAGUUCUCACACCCGAAGAAAAGAAAACUUUGCUGGAGCGUUAUACUUUGAAAGAAACUCAGCUACCUCGAAUUCAGAUUACUGAUCCCAUUGCUAGGUAUUAUGGACUAAAACGUGGGCAAGUGGUGAAGAUCAUCAGGCCUAGUGAGACAGCAGGCAGAUACGUCACAUACCGAUAUGUUGUCUGAGUAGUUUUUAGCUAUUAUUGAUGUUGCAAAAUGGUUUCUGGGUUUAUCUACUGUUAGUUGAAUAGGCAAUUUUAAAUGGAUAUCAAGAAUUAUGGACUAGGAUGAAGGAUUUCAAAAGGUUUGUUCUUAAUAAUGUUGAUUGGGUACAUCCAGAUUGGGUUUUGGGUGGACAAUCAAUCUGGAUCUUCAGUGUAUGGAUACUUGAUGAUGCAUUUUGAUGUAGGCUUUUGUGAUUUUCUAGAGAAGUAGUAAAUUUGAUGUCUUUUUGAUUA